AUGGGUCUUAUUUUGUCUACUAUGAAUAGUGGACUAGUUAUCGACACUCCAGUUAACAUGUCAGUGACUACUUCUUUGGUAUGUAUGAAUUGGCGUUUGUCCAUCAAUGGUAAGGACUUUGGUAUUGAUUUAAUUUGUUUAGUGCUGGAAGAUAUGGAUGCAAUUAUGGGAAUGACCUGGUUAAAGUUCAACCAUGUUUCUUUCAAUUGUUACAACAAAACUUUAUGGUUUCUUGCUCCUGAAGAUGAAGCUAAAUCAUUUUCAAUGUUUGCCUCUGUAUCUGUGGAGAGUCAGGCAAAUAUUGAAGGGUUACCAGUGGUGUGUGAAUUUCCAGAGGUGUUUCCAGAUGACAUGUUUGGAUUUUCCCCCAAGAGAGUGGUGGAGUUUACUAGUAAUCUUGUACUUGGUACUAGGACGGUUUCUACGGAACCAUACAAAAUGGUUGCAUCAAAGUUGUGA